UCUCUUCUCCAUGGACUUCACGAUAGAAACGUGCUUUGGAGGGAAAGCAAGUGUCGGCCGCGCAUCUCAUCGGCCAGUAGGAAUAUACGUGAACUGAAGGUGGUUGAACCGAUUCCUGUUACACUACAAAGAUGCAUUGGGUAUCGUCGCUUGUUGUAGUAUGCUGCCUGGCUCUGGCUAGAGGUGCAGAAGUGGAUCUGCUCGGUGUAUGCGAUCCCCACAAAGAUAUCUGUGUUGCCAAGUACUCCAGCUGCGAGCCAUUCCUCGGAAAUGUCAACGGUGAGAAAUACGCCAUGGUGGAAGCUAAAGCCGGUCUCCUUGAGGUGAACGCCAACUCCAGAAGAUGUACUUGUCUCCCAGGCUUCAGCGCUGUCAACAUCGGAAAAGCUGUCGGUGACAGCGUCCGUCUGGAAUGUGUCCCAGUUGAGGGUGCUUCCUGCUACACCGAUGGAGACUGUAACAUCCGUAACUUGGAUUGCCUCCCACUUCUUUCCCUGCUCCCUGGUAUCUUCGGCGCCACUGGCCAACUGAACUCCGACAGUUUGUUCGCCCCAGGAUUCUUGACUCCCGGUACCCAGGCGAUCUAUGCUUUCAUCGCCGGCUUCUUGCAGUUGUCAACUCAGUUCCUGUGUGGUUUCAACCGCGUCAACACCAUUGAGUACAAAUGUACCUACUCAAGCCCAACAAAACAGGACACUUACAUGUACGGUGGCACCUACGGUAGCAGUCAUGGAACCAGCGGAUCCGGUGGCGGUUUCGGUGGCACUUGCCAGAGAGUUAACAGAAAUGAGGGAUACCCAUCAGCCAGCUCAGUCAGCCAGAAGGGACACACUGCUCCAGCACCUAAACCACAACCACAGCCAUACAAUCCUUACGGUGGAUACUCCAGUUACGGACAGCCAGCUCCCGGUUACGGACAGGCCGUUCCAAAUUACGGAGGCUACGGUACAGGCUACGGUACUGGCUACGGCACAGGAUACGGAGGUGGUUAUUCUCCAUACGGCAGUGGCUACAACAACUACGGGUACGGCAAGUAAAUCAGUGGGUAUUGAUUUGGACAGCGGUCAGCUUUUCCCUUUCAAGACGUCGACGACUAUGCGCGGAGUAACGGACAAUGCAUUUGUCAAUAAUUUGGGGAUUUCUUCCAAAGCAGUCAUUCUGGUCUCCAACAUCUGGUUUGGAGUUGUGAAUAAGCCAGUUUUGGUUUUGUUUACUUCUACAAUUUUGCAAAUAAAAAACCGAGAAAAAAAUUAGAAGCUGUGACGAACAGUUAGAGGUGGCAUGCAAAAUAUACAUUUGUGCGACCAUGAGCUCAGAUUUUAGACCAGAUAAUAAAUAC